CUUGCGUGACCUGACUCAACUUAAAGGCACUGAUCACGACCUUUGUAUGAUCAUACUUUGUGUUGAAUGAAUUGCGCAAAAUGGCGACUUUUCUUAUAUCGGUGUUUCUCGCUACUCUUUCCAGCUGUCUGGCUGCAAAUAUUGUCAUGAUUCCCAUGUGUGGCAGGAGCCAUUACAUGUUUGUCUCCCGUCUUGGACAAGAACUGGCGGAGAGAGGUCAUCAGGUAAAGAUAUAUGUGGGAGCGACACAAACGUAUGCUGUAAAUGAUUCACUUGUGCGAGUCUUCAACGAUGACAAUUUUGCUCCAGCGUUCCGGUCAGCAUCAAAGAGUUCUCGAACCUUUAAAUCGAAAAGCCCAAGACACACAUGGCAAAUGCUCUAUAUGAUCCAAUCCAUUCACUGUGAUGACCUUCUCAGUAAUACAGAUGUCAUGGAAGAGAUAUCUCACGCAGACCUCGUUGUUGGUGAAUUUAUUUACCUCUGCUCGUCUUUGGUCGCGGAUAAAUUCUCACUUCCACUUGUUCUAAUAUCAGCUGCCACAUUAGAUACUCCCACAGCAUUCGCCUUCGGCUUACCUGCCCCUCCUUCCUACAUACCACAGAUUGGAGUUUCUCUUUCAGACAAACUAACAUUUACAGAAAGAGCAUGGAGUCUUUUACAAUGGAUUAUUCUAUAUGGAUCUUACAUUUACGAUAUGUGUCCGCCUUAUGAGAAGAUCAAGGCAAAGUACGCCAUUACACCCAGCAAGAGCAUACAAGAAACACUUGGCAGAGUUGACUUGAUAAUCGGUCAGAUGGAUUUCUUUAUAGAGCAUCCAAGGCCUCUUUAUCCGAAUACACGUGUUGUGGGUCCAUUCCUUGCUAGUCCAGCUAAAUCUCUACCAAGCGAGAUAGAUCAGUUCUUUCAGAAGGCUGGGGACGAGGGCGUGAUCUUGGUGUCGUUUGGUACCGUGGUUGAAGCAAUUAGUGAUUCAUUACUGAAAAUUAUGGCUGAAACUUUCUCCAAACUACCACAGAAGAUUAUAUGGAAACUUAAGCCCAAUGAAAUUUCAAAAAUCACCGUUAGCGACAACAUCAAACUGUUGCCAUGGCUUCCCCAGAAUGACAUUCUUGGCCACCCUAAGACACGCCUAUUUAUCGCACACGCAGGACUCAAUGGAAUGCUAGAAUCAACCUACCAUGGUGUUCCUAUGAUAUGUUCACCUUUCUUCGGAGAUCAACCACACAACGCCCUGGCUGCAAAGCGGGCUGGGUUUGCUGAGGUGGUGGACCUUGAUACUACAUCAACAGAGGAGUUUUUUAAUUUGAUACAGAAGGUUUUAACAGAUCCAAGCUACCGAGAGAAAGCAAAGCGAAUAUCAAAAUCUGUUCAGCUGUUACCACGUUCACCCGUCAAGGAAGCCGCUGAUUGGGUGGAAUAUACACAGGCUCAAGGUGGUUUACAGUACCUAAGACCACGUGGCCUAGAUCUGCCGCUUUAUAAGCUCUUUCUUCUUGAUGUUUUGUCCGUUGUACUCUUAGUUUCAGUUGUUGUUUUAUUUGUCAUCAUUAUCAUGUUUAGAUCUAUAAUACGUUGUUUAUUAGGGUCCUCGAAGAAAGAGAAGCUUAUCGUACAAGAACUUGUCGAUGACUCAGUGAAAUCCACGUCAGAUCAUAUUGUCAUCUAUUUUCGAACUGUAAAAAAAUAUGACUUGUUUAGUGAAUUGCACAAGAUGGCGGCUAUUAUUAUAUCGGUGUUUUUCGCUACUCUUUCCAGCUCUCUGGCUGCAAAUAUUGUCACGAUUCCCAUGUUUGGGAAGAGCCAUUACAUGUUUGUCUCCCGUCUUGGACAGGAACUGGCGGAGAGAGGUCAUCAGGUAAAGAUAUAUGUGGGAGCGACACAAACGUAUGCUGUAAAUAAUUCACUUGUACGAGUCUUCAAUGAUGACAAUUUUGCUCCAGUGUUGCGGUCAGCAUCAACAAGUUCUCCAACCUUCAAAUCGCUAAGCCCAAGACAAGAAUGGCAAAUGCUCCUAAUGUUCCAAUCCGUUUACUGUGAUGACCUUUUUAGUAAUACAGAUGUCAUGGAAGAGAUAUCUCACGCAGACAUCAUUGUUGGUGAAUUUAUUUACCUCUGCUCAACUUUAAUUGCGGACAAAUUCUCACUUCCACUUGUUCUAAUAUCAGCUGCCACAUUAGAUAUUCCCUCAGCAUUCGCCUUCGGCUUACCUGCCCCUCCUUCCUACAUACCACAGUAUGGAGUUUCUCUUUCAGACAAGCUAACAUUUUCGGAAAGAGCAUGGAGUCUUUUACAAUGGAUUAUUCUAUAUGGAUCUUACAUUUACGAUACGUGUCCGCCUUAUGAGAAGAUCAAGGCAAAGUACGCCAUUACACCCAGCAAGAGCAUACAAGAAACACUUGGCAGAGUUGACUUGAUAAUCGCACAGAUGAAUUUCUUGAUAGAGCAUUCAAGGCCUCUUUAUCCGAAUACACGGGUUGUGGGUCCAUUCCUUGCUAGUCCAGCUAAAUCUCUACCAGACGAGAUAGAUCAGUACUUUCAGAAGGCUGGGGACGAGGGCGUGAUCUUGGUGUCGUUUGGCACAGUGGUUGGAGCGCUGAGUGAUUCAUCACUGAAAAUUAUGGCUGAAACUUUCUCCAAACUACCACAGAAGAUUAUAUGGAAACUUAAGCCCAAUGACAUUUCAAAAAUCACCGUCAGCGACAACAUCAAACUGUUGCCAUGGCUUCCCCAGAAUGACAUUCUUGGCCACCCUAAGACACGGCUAUUUAUCGCACACGCAGGAAUCAAUGGAAUGCUAGAAUCAACCUACCAUGGUGUUCCUAUGAUAUGUUCACCUUUCUUCGGAGAUCAACCACACAACGCCCAGACCGCAAAGCGGGCCGGGUUUGCUGAGGUGGUGGACCUUGAAGCCACAUCAACAGAGGAGUUUGUUAAUUUGAUACAGAAGGUUUUAACAGAUCCAAGCUACCGAGAGAAAGCAAAGCGAAUAUCAAAAUCUGUUCAGCUGUUGCCACGUUCACCCGUCAAGGAAGCCGCUGAUUGGGUGGAAUACACACAGGCUCAAGGUGAUUUACAGUACCUAAGACCACGUGGCGUGGAUCUGCCGCUUUAUAAGCUCUUCCUUCUUGAUGUUUUGUCCGUUGUACUCUUAGUUUCAGUUGUUGUUUUAUUUGUCAUCAUUAUCAUGUUUACAUCUGUAAUACGGUGUUUAUCAGGGUCCUCAAGGAAAGAGAAGGCAAACUGAAACGAGGUCGAGCUAGGAAUCCGUUGUUUUUCGGUUUACAUGACGACUUCUGAAAUAUAGCUACAGGGCUAACGCUCGGAACGUCAGCUUUAGAAACUCUUUAUGGUGCCCAGUUUACAUUACCAACUCACUUUAUGAUACCAAAUAAUCUUGACAUACCGAAGAGUCGAGAACGAAUUCUUCGUUAUCCUUUACUCUCUUUGAUGACUGUGUUGAAAUAAAUAUGAAGAGGCAAAAAAAUGUUGAAAUUGACCUUUACGUAAAAUCUACAAUAUCACCGAUGCUCAUACACAGGGUCGCAGAAAACAUCAAUACAUACUUGCCUAUCGUCUUUUCUCAUUGCAUUUUGUAUCUAAAGUAAAAUUUUGUGGUGUAACAGACAUUGUUACUCGGUGAGCCCGCGGUGUCGAGUGUCGAACUCGUCAUGAUACUAGUAGCUAAGGAUGACACACUUGAAAAGAAUCUCUGGUAAACAUGUUCCGCUUUUUAGGCUGCUGAACGGGUAUCUUAAUAAACACGUCUUGGAUUGAGUUAUAUUUGGGUUAUGGAAGAAACUACGGGACUGCCAAUCUAUACCACAAUAACUUCGUCUGUUACAUGCAGCAUGCAGAACUCAGAAGUGUAUCAAGG